GUCCCUUCUUCCAUUUUCUUAAUCUUACACGUGGUCUUCUCUUACAUCUCUUACUUCAAUCUCUCCUCUCUCCCACUAUAUAUACCCCAAUAUCUCACUCUCCACUCCCCUCAACUCUCGCUCUCUCUUACAUUCUCAUUCUCACAAACACAAAACACAAAACACAAACACCCUUUUCUUUGUCUACUCAUAAUACACAACACAAUUAUUAUUAUUAUUAUUUCUUGCUACAACCGCCACACUUUUCAAAAUAGGGAACAAUUGCAACAAUCACUAUAUAUGGCUACAUCAAGUGCUUCAUGGAUUAACACAAAAUUUUCAUCUUCUUCAUCAAAAUAUUCUUCUCCUUUCAAAGAUUUGAGCUCAAAUUCGAAUUCAAUUAUCUUAAAGAAGAAAAUAUCAACUUCCAAAAACAGAAUCUCUUGUUCACUCCAAACAACACUUCCUUUCCCUAAAAAAUACCAACCUACUCAACCCAAGCCCAUAAAAGAAACAAAACCAAACACCAAUACUAAACCAUUACCUAAACAAAACCAACAACAAAAAUGGAACCUACUACAAAAAGCCGCCGCAACAGCCCUCGACUUCGUCGAAACAACGUUAAUCAAACAAGAACAAAAACACCCACUACCAAAAACCUCAGACCCACGUGUCCAAAUAGCCGGUAACUUUGCUCCAGUACCUGAACACCCGGUAACACAAUCACUUCCAAUUACCGGUAAAUUACCAAAACACAUUGACGGCGUUUACCUUCGUAACGGCGCAAAUCCACUUUACGAGCCAGUAGCCGGUCAUCAUUUCUUUGACGGUGAUGGUAUGGUCCACGCCGUUAAAUUCACUAACGGCUCCGUUAGUUAUUCUUGCCGCUUCACUGAAACCCACCGUUUAGCCCAAGAAAAAGCCCUUGGCAAGCCCGUUUUCCCAAAAGCCAUUGGUGAACUUCACGGUCAUUCGGGUAUAGCCCGGCUGAUGCUAUAUUACGCACGAAGUGUAUGUGGGCUUGUUGAUGGGACCCACGGAAUGGGUGUUGCUAACGCCGGUUUAGUUUAUUUCAAUAACCGUUUAUUAGCUAUGUCUGAAGAUGAUAUCCCUUAUCAUAUUCGUGUAACACCUAACGGCGAUUUAACGACCGUUUGCCGUUACGAUUUUAAUAACCAACUGAAAUCAACAAUGAUAGCACAUCCAAAACUUGAUCCAGUUGAUAACAACCUUUAUGCUUUAAGCUACGACGUCGUUCAGAAGCCUUAUUUGAAAUAUUUCCGUUUUGAUUCUAACGGUGUUAAAUCACCUGAUGUUGAAAUUCCCUUAGCUGAACCAACUAUGAUGCAUGAUUUUGCUAUAACUGAGAAUUUCGUAGUUGUACCUGAUCAACAAGUUGUGUUUAAACUCGGGGAAAUGAUUCGCGGUGGAUCGCCGGUUGUUUACGAUAAGGAGAAGGUUUCGAGGUUCGGUGUUUUGUCGAAGAAUGCAGUAGAUGCUUCUGAGAUGAUAUGGAUUGAUGCACCUGAGUGUUUUUGUUUUCAUCUUUGGAAUGCUUGGGAAGAGCCUGAAAGUGAUGAAGUUGUUGUGAUUGGAUCAUGUAUGACACCGGCUGAUUCGAUUUUUAAUGAAUGUGAUGAGAGUUUAGAGAGUGUUUUAUCUGAGAUUAGAUUGAAUUUGAAGACUGGAAAAUCGACGAGGAAAGCGAUAAUUAAAGAAUCUGAACAAGUGAAUUUAGAAGCUGGAAUGGUGAACAAGAACAAAUUGGGUAGAAAGACACAAUUUGCUUAUCUUGCUCUUGCUGAACCAUGGCCUAAAGUUUCCGGUUUCGCCAAAGUCGAUCUUUUCAGUGGUGAAGUCAAGAAAUAUAUUUAUGGUGAAAAUAGAUUUGGUGGUGAGCCUCUGUUUUUACCAAAUUCAGAUUCUCAAAAUGAAGAUGAUGGAUAUAUUUUGACAUUUGUUCAUGAUGAAAAAGAAUGGAAAUCAGAAUUGCAGAUUGUGAAUGCGGUGAAUUUGAAGCUUGAAGCUUCAAUUCACCUUCCAUCUCGUGUUCCUUAUGGGUUUCAUGGAACAUUCAUACAUUCAAAUGAUUUGAAGAAACAAGAGUGAUGACUCAGUGAGUGACUCGUUUGUGAGAGGAAAGAUUUUACUGAGGGAUGGUUGCAGAUAUUGUCCCCGGAAUCUACUCCUCUGUUUUUCACAGCAGAAUAUUAUUUAUUUUCUGCAUUCUUUUUUUUUUUUUUUUUUUUUUGGAAGCACUUUUUCUUGAGACCAGCUUGUAGCUUUUGCAUGUAGGUAGAAAUGAAAGCUCAGCUGGAAUCACUUGAUUGUGAAUGAUAUGAAAGUAUAAAAGAAUGUGAUAUUGUAGUAUGUGAUUACUGUCACAGUCACUGUAAACUUAUGUUUCAGCACAGUUUUGUGUUGUAAAUAUCAGUUAUAAUUAAUGUUUAUAUUUGAUUAUUUAUAUGGUGAGUGUUCUUAAA